UUUUUUACAGGUUCUCCUCGCACAGCUUGUGCAUCUCUCAAAUUCUCAGUGAAAAUUUGUAGUCAGAGGAGCAGAUGUGUGGAGUAGCUGCAAUUGAAGUCUCUGCUUUGAACAGAUAAAAUGCUACGUAGCCCAGCUUUUCAGAAUUUAAACAUUUCCAGUGGGAUGCAUGUGAUUAGCUGGCCUUCUUGGCCUUAACCUAUUUACCUCACUUAUUCAUUUUAUUGGUAAGGGAAGUGGGCAACUGUACGGGCAUGCUGUGAAAGAGCAUUCUAAUAUUGCAAUAAUGAACACCUUGAAAAGCUUAAUACCAAAUCAGUUUUUGGAUAGUGUAUGUAUGACUCUGUGCUGAACAAAGAGGAUAAAAUAAAACAUUGAAUCACUGCUCAGUCACUUGGUAUGAAAACCACCUUGUAUGGCAAAUCUCAUGUGAUUAGAUAAUUAAAGAAUAUAUGUUAAAAUUCAUGAGAGGUCUGACAAAGUUGCACGUACAGCCUUAGUUGCUUCAAUUCAUACCUCUACUUUGCACCUCUAAAAUUCCUUCUCAGGAGAUUUCUGUGUUAACUUGUGAGCAAGUUAACAAUACUUUUCUUAAUAAAGCGUCCAGCAAUUUCUUAGCUGUGGUAUUUCAACAGUGUUCUAGUCCUUGCUGCAAUUUGACACAGGUUUUAGACCUAGGAUUACAUAUGCCCUUGGCUUUGCUCUAAGCUGUUAAUUAUGAAGCAUUUAUGUCUGAAAUGUGUUAUGCCCCUAGCAGGCAUUUUUGCAGCAGAAAAAUAUGGAUGUUCCUUAUGUACUGAACCUCCUUAGAGGAAUGCCAUGUCUUGUCUACUCUGAGCACUUCCUUCCUCACAGAGAAGCUGCCCCUUCAAUGGUGAUAUUGAGCCAAAGGAUUUAGGGAAGGGGAAGAGGAAUGUUUCUUGUUCCAGUUCUUCUCUUCCUGAAUAGUUUUUAUUUGAGCCGCUGUCUUUCUUCAGUUCUCAUUAAUGUCUGAAGGUAAACAUGAAAAAGGUUUCGUCUCCUUCUCAAAUGUUAUCCUCCUUCUAGUGUUUGUUUUAAGGUCUCUAAACCAUUUUAUGUCUGCUUCUAAGGGGAGAAAGCAAGAUACUGAAGUGCUUUCCCUCAUGCUAAGAAAGCAGUGUAAGUUUCGCAAAGGGGAAACCAUGGGUGCAGAGGAGUUACAGAGAUGUAGAAGGGAAUGGAGGAAAAAGAAUAAAGAAGAAACAGCAGUAUUUUGUGAUGGGAGUAUUGAAUGUGCAUGAAGGCUCAUUAGAGGAGUUUGUGCUUGCUCAAACUUGAGAUACUGUGCUUGGCUCAGUAUUUGUUCUCCUGUUGGGUUAGAAAGACGGUAGUGGAGGCUUCGAGGGGCAAAAGGAACAGUGACUACUGUAGUUUUUCUAGGCAUAAGAUACAAAUACUGGGAUUUUUUUAGCAUUUAGAUGUCUCAAGAGGAUUGUAGAGCUUCUUUGUUCUGGGCGUUGUUGAAGUACAUUCAUUCAGAAAACAGUCCCAAAUAGUCUGUGGCAAGUCUCUGUUUAUAUCUGAAAGUGUCACCAGUGUAGAGAUUAUCUUUAUAGUAGAGGGAACUGCUGUGCAAUCAUAUGCGUUUCCUACCUCUAGCGCUUCCCUGUUUACCCACUGAGUGGGUGUCAGCAUAAAGUAAGUCUGCACAGUGACACCACACACCUUUAUCUUUUAUGGCAACAGAACUGGGGAAUGUAGUUCUCCUCAACUGCCUAGUGCCUGAGGUUACUAUGAAUUGAUCUCCCUGCUCACUUUUCUGUGCUCCGCUGCUAAGGGUGUGUCUGACCAGUUGCUCAGAGAGCCGAGGUGAAUGCAAAGGUCAUAUUUGUGAAUAUGCUUCUUGAAGCAGUCAAGUAGCACCUUCUCUGCUGGUUCCACCCAUCAUUCUCCAUUGUGUAUGUUCCUGCCUGGAACAAGGAGAUUGUUGCUUUAUUUGCCUUUUUGAAUAUGGAACGCUUGUUGUUCCAGCUGGGACGUGCGUGCCAGACUGGAAGGAAAUUCAAAUGCCUGUUUAAACAUAUGGUUGAACUGGUCUGAUAUUGACUAUAUCAGUAUAAAAUGUUAGUAAGUCAUGGUGACAAUACAAUAAUGCUUCCAGCUUCCCCCACCCUGAACCUCUGAGGAACAGUCAGCCUGUGUUUGAUCUAAGUUAGAUCUAAACACUUGGGAAAGCCAUCAGCACGGUGCUGAUAAUCUUGGUGAGCUUGAGAAGUAGAAGGAUGUCACUGGCCUGUCUACUCGGAUGGCUGCUUGAUAUUCAUUCCAUUGUCUUGGAGGCCACCAGUCAGGACCUGUUCCAGGAGCAGACACUAGGACAUAUCUGCCUCAGUGAAGAGGAUGAUGGAGACGACAGACUUAGAUGAGGAGUCCUCAGCUGGUAUUGAGAAUCUGCCAUUUGAAUUGCAGAGAAACUUCCAGCUCAUGCGAGAUCUGGAUCAGAGAACAGAAGACCUCAAGUCAGAGAUCGAUAAAUUGGCCACAGAGUAUAUCAGCAAUGCACGGACUUUAUCUUCGGAGGAAAAACUGGGGCUUCUGAAGCAGAUCCAGGAAGCCUAUGGGAAAUGCAAGGAGUUUGGGGACGACAAGGUUCAGCUGGCUAUGCAGACCUACGAGAUGGUGGAUAAGCACAUCCGGCGGCUGGACACAGACCUCGCCCGCUUUGAAGCUGACCUGAAGGAGAAGCAGAUAGAAUCAAGUGACUAUGACAGUUCUUCCAGCAAGGGCAAGAAGAAGGGCCGAGCCCAAAAGGAGAAGAAAGCUGCCCGUGCUCGCUCUAAAGGGAAAAACUCUGAUGAGGAGGCACCGAAGACUGCCCAGAAGAAAUUGAAACUUGUCCGCACUAGCACAGAGUAUGGGAUGCCUUCAGUGACCUUUGGAAAUGUGCACCCUUCGGACGUGUUGGAUAUGCCUGUGGACCCCAAUGAGCCUACUUACUGCCUCUGCCACCAGGUCUCCUAUGGGGAGAUGAUUGGCUGCGACAACCCAGAUUGUUCCAUUGAAUGGUUUCAUUUUGCCUGUGUGGGUCUGACAACAAAACCAAGAGGAAAAUGGUUCUGCCCUCGCUGUUCCCAGGAGAGGAAGAAGAAGUAAAAUCCCACAAGCCCUCAGUACUGCUGCAGGAGCUCUCUUCUCCCCUGCCAGGGCCUCGUCACAGCUCUCCCAGCCCCUGGGGCCUUGACUGGGGGGAGUCUUGCCCUGCUUGUGGUUUGGGCCAUCCCUGGAAUGGUGUGUACCCUCAUGACAGUUCCUGUGUGUUCUGUAUCCCUGGCUGCUUCCAAAUCCCUAAGGGAGGUCCUCUCUGUGUACUAUUCCAAACAGGUCUGUGAACCUCAAAGGGAAUGAAUGAGGGCACCAGGGUAGCCACCAGAUUCCCAGGGAUUCAGGUAGCCCCUGAUUUUCCUUGGCUUUCCUUCAGCCCCCUCAGAGUUCAUUGCCUACCCUCUGCUUAGAGAACAAGGCUAUGGGAUGGGGGAAGGAAAGGAGGUAAGUCUUCAGCAUUUUAGGUCUCUGAUUUUCCUGGAUCUUUCUCAGGAAAGAGGGAGUAACCAGGCCACUUCUUAAGUUAGUGGGUUGGUUGAGAGACUGAAAACCUACUCCCUGUCUUUAACCAUUCCACUACUCUGUCUGGCAUUGAGCAGCCUCUUUUGUUGGGAAGAGGAGGAAGAGGGAAGAGUGUUUAGAGCUAGCUUUUGUCUCUCUUAGUCCUUUUCUGGGGUAAACCUGCUGGCUUGGGACGCACAUUGUGCAAAGGAGGGAGAAUUUCUGACUGCAUGGGGAGAAAUGGCUUAUCUAGCCUGUCUUCUGGCCCCAGAAUUCUCCCUCCCUUUUGUGCAGUUGGGCUUCUCUGUUCUGUUGAUGAUGGGAAGUUUGGGGAUCCAGAUCCCACUUGUAAAAUACAGAACUAAAUAAAGCUCAUUGAAGCAAAUA